UCGGUAUAAAGCCCAGUAGUGGCCCAGUACCGAAGAAAUAUGUAUGUUUUAUGUUUGAUUUAUUUUUAAUACCAAUUAUAUACACUCCAGAUAACGAAAAAUAAAUGUAUUUAAAAAGGAAAAGGAGAGAAUAUAAUAGGAAAUAUAGAAUACAUAAUUUAAAGAUUAAUUUUUCUAAAUAUAUAUCUGCAUAGUUGUUAACAAGGAAAAGAGGACAAAAGUUGAGAUUGGCAGGACAUACUAUAUAGAGAUUGGUGAAAGGCUCUUUGGGUCUAAGGGGGACACAGUAAACAGUAGGUUGGGUAGAAUGCGGUAGAAUCGAAAAUAGAAGAUGAGUUCUCAACAGCUGGUUAUGCUGGUAGUCAUGCCAUCCCCGCUUCUUACCGCGUAUUGUCGCUAGUGUGUGAAUUCGCAACACAGUUGAGUUACAGAUAUUUGUUCCGCGUAAUGUGCAAUCGAAGUAACUAGUGACUAACAUUCUUCCUGUUUUAUUAAAGUGAUUUUCAUUAUUUUUCAUAUACAAUGUGCGUGUAAGUGAAGUUUGAAACGACUAAAAAAACGUAUUUACUGCUACUGGGUGUGUGAGUGUGUGUAUGCUCCAAAAAGUGCAUACCGGUUUUAAUUUAGGAUACUUUUGCUAAUUUACUCUCAUUCUUACAAGAUUCGCCCAUCAAAAGAAGGGCACAGUAUGAACCCAGAGUUUGACGAAACGUCGGACCUCAAACAAAUUGAUAUUCAUACAAACACCUUUUCAUUUAUCCACUGCCAAAACAUCAACUACAGAUUCAGAGGAGAAUGACUCAAAGGGAGGACGUUCUUAAAUUUGAGCAAGGUCGAAUUAAGGCCUUGCAAGAAGAGCGUCUUCAUAUUCAAAAAAAGACAUUCACAAAAUGGAUAAAUUCAUUUUUAUUAAAGGCUCGCAUGGAGGUAGAAGAUCUUUUUACAGAUCUAGCAGAUGGAAAAAAACUUUUAAAACUACUCGAAAUCAUUUCCGGUGAGCGUUUGGCCAAACCUAAUAAUGGACGGAUGCGAGUACACAAGAUUGAAAAUGUCAAUAAGUCUUUGGCAUUUUUACACACGAAGGUUCGACUGGAAAGUAUUGGAGCAGAAGAUAUUGUAGAUCGAAACCCACGUUUAAUUUUGGGUUUAAUUUGGACUAUAAUUUUAAGGUUCCAAAUUCAAGAAAUUGAAAUUGAUGUUGAUGAAGAAAAUGAGAGUAGUGAGAAAAAAUCUGCAAAAGAUGCUCUUCUUCUUUGGUGUCAGAGAAAGGCAAAUGGAUAUAAUGGAGUUAAUAUUCAAGACUUUACCGUUUCUUGGAGAAGUGGUCUUGGCUUUAAUGCUCUCAUUCAUGCGCAUAGACCAGAUCUUUUUAAUUGGACGGAACUUCAGCAAGGUAAACACAUUGACAAUCUUAAUCAUGCAUUUGACAUGGCAAAUUCAGAAUUGGGCAUUCCUCGUUUACUUGACGCUGAGGAUGUUGACACAGCAAGACCUGAUGAAAAAUCAAUUAUCACCUAUGUUGCAUCUUAUUAUCAUACAUUUGCCCGUAUGAAAAAUGAAAUAAAAAGUGGUAAAAGAAUUGCAAAUAUCGUUGGACAAAUGAUGGACGCUGAUAAAAUGAAAGUACAUUAUGAAAAAUUGACAACCGAUCUUUUGGAAUGGAUUAAAAUGAAAACAAAAAUUUUAGAAAAUCGUGAUUUUCCAAAUUCACUUGAAGGCAUACAACGUGAACUUUUAUCAUUUAAACAAUAUCGUACAAUUGAAAAACCACCAAAAUAUAAGGAACGAUCAGAAAUUGAAGCAUUAUUUUUUCAUAUAAAUACACAAUUAAAAUCGUUAAAUCAACCGGCGUUUGUACCACAGGAAGGACAAUUGGUUAAUGAUAUUGAGAGAAAUUGGGUGGAAUUGGAAAGAUCGGAGCAUCGUAGGGAAGUUGCGUUAAGAACUGAGUUACUGCGACAGGAGAGAUUGGAACAAUUGAAUUAUAAAUUUGAAAGAAAGAGUGUUUUGCGAGAAGGUUAUUUGAAGGAAAUGAUUCAAGUUUUAUCGGAUCCAAGAUAUGGGAGUAAUCUUACGCAAGUUGAUGCGACAGUUAAGAAGCAUGAAGCAAUUAGUGCCGAUAUAUUGGCGCGAGAAGAACGUUUUCACGAUUUAACGAACAUGUCCGAUGAGCUAGUCAGAGAAAAAUAUCACGGAUUGGAAAAUGUACGUAGUAGAGAGCAGGAAGUUUUGCAAAGGUGGAAGGAACUUUUGAAAUUACUCGGUCAUCAUAAAACAAAUCUUGCGGCUUUAAGUUCUCUCAUGAAUCUAAUGAGAGAAAUUGACACCACAUUGGCAACUAUUUUGGAAUUGCAAUUCAAUUUCCAGAGUAUGGACGUGGGACCACAUUUAUUGGGAGUUGAGGAUUUACUACAGAAACAUAGUCUACAGGAAUUACAAGUGACAGCCCUGGGGGAAAAUCAAAGAAGACUUGGCAGACAAGCGAUUCAAUAUCUCAACGAGCCUUUAAGUAAAGAGGCACUGAUGCUGCAGGAAAAAUUAAAUCAUCUCAAUCACGCUUAUCAAGGACUUACAGAAAAUUCCAAGGAACGUAAAACUCGGCUGGAGGAUGCGAGGAAUUUUUUUCAUUUUCUUCAAGAUCACGAGGACGAGGAAUCAUGGUUAAUUGAAAAGCAAAGAAUUUGCAAAGCUGGAAUAUCGGCGAAAGAUUUGAGAGCUGUUAUUUCGUUGCAACAGAAACAUAAAGUUUUACAAGACGAGAUGAAAGUUCGUAGGCCAAAGUCUGAACAGCUUGUGAAUGUUGGUAAGAAAUUGAUAGACGACAGUCAUUCUUCGGCGAUUGAAAUUCAAAAUAGAAUUGACUCACUUCAGGAGCAUUGGAAAGUUUUGGAGGAAUUGACCGCAUUGAGAAAGAAACAACUCGACGAGGCUGCAGAGGCUUUUCAAUUUUAUGCCGAUGCAAAUGAGGCCGAUUCUUGGAUGAAUGAAAAAUUAACUCUCGUUGCAUCGGAAGAUUUUGGAGUCGAUGAACCCAGUUCUCAGGCACUUUUACAAAGGCACAAGGAUCUUCAGGGAGAAUUGAAUGCCUAUAAAGGAGAUGUACAAUCACUGAAUCUCCAAGCUGAGAAACUGAUUAAAGCUGGAAUUUCCACACUUGAAUUAUCAGCCGAUCCAAAACCGGUCGCCGAGCUGGAACAAGAGGAAUGGAGUAAAGAAAUUCGUCUACUUCCACAAGAUGAAUGGAUCGAUGAAAUUGUCGAGCGUCUAGAAUGCAGAACAAUACUUGAAGACAGACUUGUGCCUCAAGUGAAAAGUCUCUAUCCGUUCAGUGGUCAAGGAAUGCAUAUGUACAAAAGUGAAGUCAUGUAUUUACUGAAUAAAACAAAUCCCGAUUGGUGGAGUGUUAGAAAAAGUGAUGGUAACGAUGGUUUUGUACCUGCAAAUUACGUUCGUGAAAUUGAACCAAAAGUGAUACAGGUCCAAGUGAAGAAACCCGAAAAAGUGAGAGUAACACAGAGAGUAAAAAAAACCCGAAUGGUUAAACAAGUUGUUCCUGUAAGAAGAGUAAAAUCCAUAAAAUCAACUGUAAAACCAAUUAAACGUUCGCAAACUGUUAAUAAUAGUGACAGUGUUGAGAAACGUAUAAGAAAAAUUGACGACACCUACAGUCAAUUACAAAAAUUAGCCGUUAAUCGUCAUUUAUUACUGGAGGAUGCUAUUCGACUUUAUGGAUUCUAUCGUGAGUGUGAUGAUUUUGAAAAAUGGAUUAAAGAUAAAGAGAAAAUGUUACGUACAGAUGAUUCACGUGACAAUGUUGAAUCGGCAAAGAGGAAAUAUGAAAAAUUUUUAACCGAUUUAUCAGCAUCCGGAAAACGUGUCGAGGCAAUUGAUAGUGCCGUUGAGGAUUUUGUGAAACAAGGCCAUAGUCAAUUGGAUAAAGUAAAAGCAAGACAAAAACAUAUCAAUCAAUUGUGGAAUCAUUUAAAUUGGUUAAAGGCUCAAAAGGAAAAAAGUCUCGAAGGUGCUUCGAGUGUUGAAUUAUUUAAUAGAACUUGUGAUGAAGCACACGAUUGGAUGUUGGAAAAAAUCACACAAUUAGACACUGCCGAAUUGGGACCGGAUUUAAAAACAGUUCAAGCUUUACAAAGAAGACAUCAACAUUUGGAAAGAGAAUUAGCGCCAGUUGAGGAAAAAAUUCGUAAAGUAAAUUUAUUGGCAAACAGUGUAAAAAGUUCGUAUCCUAAUGAACUUAGUAAUGUGAAUAUGAGACAAAAUGAAAUUAGAGAUUUAUGGCAUAAAGUGCAAACAAAAGCUAAAGAGAGACGAUCACGUUUAGAAGAUGCUGUUGGUCAACAAAUAUUUAUGAACAGUUCCAAAAAUCUUAUUAAUUGGGCUACUGAUAUUCAAGAUACAAUUAAACACGAGGAGCCCGUUAGGGAUGUGGAAACUGCUGAAAAAUUACGCAAAUUACAUACCGAAUUGGGAGAGGAAGUAAAAGCACACGAGGAUGAAUUCCGCGAGGUAGAAGAACUUGGAACUCAACUUUUGUAUCGUAAUUCCUCUCUAUUGGAAAUUAAAGAUAGACUGGGAAAAUUAUCCGGUUUGUAUCAAACCGUAUCUUCUGAUUGGACAACAAAAGAUCGUUGGUUACGACAAUGUUUGGAAUUACAACAAUUUAAUCGUGAAUCAGAUCAAAUUGACGCCACGACAAGUUCUCAUCAAGCAUUUUUGGAAUUUUCAAAUCUAGGCGAAUCAUUGGAUGAUGUUGAGGCAUUAUUGAAGCAACAUGAGAAAUUUGAAAAUACUCUUCACGCACAGGAUGAUAGGCUAAAGGCAUUUAGUGACACUGCUGAUAAAUUGAUACAACAAAAUCAUUACGAUCAACAUUACAUUAAUGAUAAAAGAAAACAAGUAAUUGCACGAAGAUUAUUUGUUAAAGAAGCAGCACAACAACGACGUACAGCGUUAAAAGCCUCUGAAUAUUAUCAACAAUUUUCCGCUGAAUUGGACGAUUUAAAAGAUUGGUUGGGAGAUAAAAUGAAAACAGCAUCCGAUGAAAGUUAUCGUGAUUUAAAUAAUUUAGAACGAAAACUACAAAAACACGAAGCCUUUGAAAGAGAAUUAAGAGCAAAUGAAGGUCAAUUGAGAGCUGUUAAUAAAGCCGGAAAGGCAUUAAUAUCCGAAGAGAACUACAGAUCGGACAAUGUUGGAAGAACUCUAAAAGACUUAAAUGCUCAAUGGGAUCAAUUGGUAUCACUUUCAUUAGAAAAAGGUCGUCGUUUAAGACAAGCAGCAUGUCAACAUGGUUAUAAUCGAACAAUUGAAGAUGCAAGAACAAAAUUAGAAGAAAUUGAAAAUGGUCUACAAAGUAAACAAGUUGGUACAGAUUUAAGAAGUUGUAAAGAAUUAUUGAAAAAAUAUCACCUACUUGAAAGUGAGCUUACACAAUGGGAACAAAAAAUAGAUGAUUUAGUUGCAGUUGGUUAUGAAAUGGCUCAUGAAGGUCAUUUUGAUGCGGAUAAUAUUUUGAAAAUUAGUCAAGAUACACAGAAAAAAUUGCAUAGUUUAAAGGAACCAUUAAAAAAAAGACGUGAUGCCUUAGAAGAAAGUCUUCGUUUUCAUAAUUUUGGCUUUGAACUUGACGCUGAAUUACAUUGGAUUAAUGAUCAUUUACCACAAGCUUCUUCCACAUCCGUUGGACAAAAUUUACAUCAAACACAAUCUUUACAUAAGAAACAUAAAAAACUUGAAGCUGAAAUUAUUGGUCAUCAACAUAUGAUUGAUAAGACUCUUGCUUCUGGACAAACACUCAUCGAUCAAUUUCAUCCAGAGAAAAAUAAGAUUCGAGAAUUAUGCGAUGAUUUAACUAGUUCAUGGAAAAAUCUUCAAGACAGUGCAAAUGAACGUAGUCAUUCAUUAGAUUUAUCCCUGAGGGCACAGCAAUUUUUCUUUGAAGUUGGUGAAAUAGAAAGUUGGUUGGGUGAAAAAAAUGAUGUACUUAAUUCAACUGAUUAUGGAAGAGAUCGUGAUGCUGCGACAAAAUUACUAACGAAACAUAAAGCCCUUGAGCUUGAACUUGAUACAUACAAUGGUAUUGUUUCUGAAAUGGGACAUACUGCAUCAACAAUGAUAAAUUCAAAACAUCCCGACAGUAAAGCAAUUGCCGCUAAACAACAGAGUAUUAUCCAACAGAUACGCGCUUUACAAAGAUUGGCAACAGUGAGACAACAACGUCUCAUGGAAAGUAUGUAUCGACAUGAAUAUUUUCUCGAAAGUACCGAAUUGGAACAAUGGAUCAAGGAGCAAGAACAAUCGGCUGCUUCUGAAGAUUAUGGUCAAGAUUUUGAACAUCUUUUGAUUCUUCAAGCGAAAUUCAAUGAUUUUAAACAUAGAAUAGAAGCUGGUUCGGAGAGAUUUAAUCAAUGUGAACUAUUGGCUAAGAAAUUAAUAGCAAAUGAGAGUCCAUACAUUCAGGAUAUUGAGAAACGUCAAAAACAAUUGGGAGAUUCUUGGCAGUAUCUUCUUGGAUUGAUUAGAAAUCGUGAACAACGAAUACAAGCGGCGGGAGAAAUUCAUCGAUUUCAUAGGGAUGUUGCCGAGGCAUUGUCACGAAUACAGGAAAAAGAAGCCGCACUUCCAGAUGAUUUGGGACGUGAUUUGAAUUCAGUUCUAUCGUUAAUAAGACGUCAUGAGGGAUUUGAAAAUGAUUUAGUGGCAUUGGAGGCUCAAUUACAAGUUUUAGUGGAGGACGCCGCUAGACUACAGGUCCUAUAUCCUGGAAAUAAUGCAACUCAUAUUGAUCAACAGCAAAAAAUUGUCGUUCACAGUUGGGAGGAAUUGAAGGAACGUUCCGCACACAGAAGAGAUCAAUUGCAGGCUAGUUGUGAUCUUCAACGAUUUUUGACGCAAGUGAGAGAUUUAAUAAAUUGGGUGUCUGGACUGAGGGCUUCAAUGUCUACCGAGGAGAAAGUACGCGACGCAGCGAGUGCUCAGUGUCUAAAAGGCGAGCACGAAGCUCUAAAGGGAGAAAUCGAAGCCAGAGAAGAUAGUUUCAGUUCCGUUCUCGAUCUUGGUGAAGCAAUGGUACAAACUGGUCACUACGCUGCUACUGAAGUGGAGGAAAAAUGUAAUCUCAUGUUGGAGGAGAGGCAAAAACUUCACACCGCCUGGCAGCAAAAGAAGAUCUAUUUGGAUCAACUUAUCGAUUUACAUUUCUUCCUUCGUGACACAAAACAAUUGGAUAAUUUAUCAAUAACUCAAGAAGCCGCUUUGAAUGGCGAUAAUUUUGGAAUUUCCGUCGAAGAAGUGAAUGCACAAGUGAAAAAACACAAUGAAUUCGAGAAAGUAUUGUUAACACAGGAGGAAAAAUUAAUUGCCUUACAAGAACACGGCGAUAAACUUUUGGCACAAAAUCAUUUUGAUUCACAUACAAUUGGUAAUCGUUUGAAACAAGUUGUACAGAGACGAGGAAAAGUUUUGGAAUUGUGUAAAAUAAAGAAGAGAAAAUUAGAAGCGAGUCUUUUACAUGCUCAAUUUAUACGUGACGUUGGAGAAGCCGAAUCAUGGAUUGAGGAGAAACAAAAGAAACUCGAAGCCGAAACAUGUAAGGGAAAUGUUUCCAGUCUUGAGGAUAAAAUAAAGAAAUUGCAAAAACAUCAGGCUUUUCAGGCCGAACUCGCGGCAAAUCAGACGAAAAUCGAGGAGAUUAAAGCUAAAGGCGAGACAUUACUUUUGCAAAAGCAUCCCGCAAGUUUAGAAAUUAAACAACAGGUCGAUAAUUUAAAUUCCUCUUGGAAGAAUCUUCUCAUUGAAUCCGGUAACAGAGGUCGUGGUUUGGAAGAGGCGCAAGAUAUUUUGGAAUUUAAUAAUCAAGUAGAGAAAAUAGAGGCUUGGAUCCGAGACAAAGAGAUGAUGGUUCAAGCCGGAGAGACUGGAAAAGAUUAUGAACAUUGUUUAGGUCUACAAAGAAAACUCGACGACGUUGACAGUGACAUGAGGGUGGAUGAUGCAAGAAUUAAAGUUAUAAAUGCCCUAGCUGAUAAAUUAAUAAAACAAGGUCAAGAUAAUGAUUCGAAAGCCAUUCAACUGCAACGAGAUAAUUUUAACAAAAAAUGGAGAGGUCUACAAGGUGCCCUAUCAAAUUAUCGUGAAAUUUUAGCCGGUGCUUUGGAAAUACAUCUAUUUAAUCGUGACAUCGAUGACACGAGUCAAAGAGUCAUUGAAAAAUCAAUGCUCAUGAAUUCUUCCGAAAUAGGCAAAGAUUUAACGGACGUUGAACAUUUACAAAGAAAACAAGAAACACUCGAGAGAGAUAUGACGGCAAUAGAGGGUAAAAUAAAAGAACAUCGUAAAGAAGCGGGAAAUUUAUCAAAAAAAUAUCCGGAAAAUUCAUUGGAAAUUGAUUCAAUUUUAUCGGAACUACAAGAAAAUUGGGAUCAAUUACAACGUUUAUCGCAAACUCGUCGCGAAACAUUAAAUCAAGCUUAUACAAUUCACAAAUUUCAGGCAGAUCUUGACGAACUUGAACAAUGGGUCGCCGAUACAAUAAAACGAAUGGAUAACGCUGAAUCGUCAACAACAAUUGCAGAGGCUGAAGCAGCGCUUGAAUUACAUCAAGAAAGAAAAGCAGAAAUUGAUGGUAGAAAAGAUACAUUUGAUAUAUUACUGCAACAAGGUGAAAAGCUUACUGGCGAAAAUGUUGAGGAGAAUCUUAAUUAUAUUGAAAGAUUACGUCAAGAUUUGUUAAACGCUUGGAUUAAUAGACGACAAAAAUUAACACAAGCCCAUCAAUUACAAAUAUUCAAAGAACAAGCAACGCAAGCUGAUAAUUUCCUUGGAACAAAAGAAGCAUUUCUUAAUAAUGAAGAUCUGGGAGAAUCUUUAUCAGGUGUUGAGGCAUUAUUACGUAAACAUGAGGAAUUUGAAAAAAUGCUUAUCUCCCAAAUGGGAAGAAUUGAUGAACUAGAGAAAUUUGCAUCUGUUAUUUUAUCCGUUGAACAUUAUGAAGCGAAUACAAUUCAACAACGUUUAACAUCCGUUUGUGCAAGAAAAGAUAAAUUAAAAAAUAGUGCUUUACUGAGAAGGAAAAAAUUAUUAGAGAGUCAUCAAUUGCAUCAAUUUUUAAGAAAUAUUCACGAAGUCGAGAGUUGGUUAAAUCAAAAACAACAAGUUGCGAGUGAUGAAAAUUAUCGUGAUCCCACUAAUUUACAGACUAAAAUACAAAAACAUUUGGCAUUUGAAAGUGAAUUGGCUGCGAAUAAAGGGAGAAUUGCAUCGGUUAUCGCUGAAGGUGAACGUCUCAUUGAAAAUCAUUACGCUUCCAAAGAGAUACAAGAGAGACUCGAAGUUUUUGAAGCUGAAUCACGUCUUUUGCAGGAGACAAGUGAAUUGAAGAAAAAUAGACUCAAUGACGCCUAUCAGGCACUUUUAUUUGGACGAACUUUAGAAGAAUUUGAGGCAUGGAUGGACGAAGCUGAAACGCAACUUCAAUCUGAAGAUCAUGGCAAAGAUCUUUCUAGUGUUGCUAAUUUACUAAAACGACAUACAAAUUUAGAAAAUGACGUUAUUGGACAUAAUGAUGCAUGUGAAACGAUUAAAGAAACAGCUGCCGUUUUUAUAAGAACAAAACAUUUUAUGUGUGAAGAAAUUCAAGAAAGAGCGAAUGCAACAAUUAUGAGAUUUCAUAGUCUACAAGAGCCGAUACAAAUAAGAAGGGACAAUUUGGAAGAUGCAAAAUUAUUGCAUCAAUAUGCAAGAGAUGUGGAAGAUGAACUUCAUUGGUUAUCAGAGAAGGAAUUAAUUGCAGCGAGUGCCGAUCUUGGGAAUUCAUUAAUGUCCGUUCAGAGAUUACAAAAGAAGCAUCAAUCACUCGAAGCUGAAUUAAUAUCGCGUGAACCCGUUGUAGCUUCGCUUGCAAGCAGAGCUGCGGCAAUGAUUCGAAGUGGACAUUUUGCAUCAGGAAAAAUUGAAUCCCUAUCAAAAGAACUUCAAGAAAAAUUAACCCACCUCAGAGAUUUGGCAUGUAUAAGAAAAUUGAGAUUACUCGACGCUGUUGAAUCGCAAAUGUUUUAUGCUGAAGCAGCAGAAGCUGAACAAUGGAUUAAGGAAAAAUAUCCUCAACUUGCAUCGUCUGAUUGUGGUAAAGAUGAAGAUUCCGUUCAAUCGUUAUUGAAAAAACUCGAAGGUAAUGAACGCGAUCUUUCUGGUUUUCGAACAACAAUCGAAAAUCUCAAACUCCUUUCUCGUGGUCUAAUCGAGAGACACCAUUUUGAUAGUAAAACUAUUUCAAAUAAACAGCAGGAAAUAGAAAAUAAAUUUGAGGAUCUACAAGCACUCAAGGAAAGGAGAUCACAAAGAUUAAUGGAAAGUGAAAAAUAUCAUAAAUUCAUUAGACAAGCCGAUGAAGUUAUUGAAUGGAUUGGUGAUCAAACGACAGUUGCCGCUUCCGAAGAUUAUGGCCGAGAUGUUGAGCAUGUUGAACUUUUGAUACAAAUUUUCGAUAAUUUUCUCGGGGGCCUGACGACAAGCGAAGGACGUGUUAUAAACAUCAUAGAAGCUGGUCAGAAUUUAAUUGAGGAAAAUAAUCCCGAAUUGAUAAGGAUUCAUAAGAAAAUUGACGAAACAAAACAACAGUGGGAGGAUUUAAAAGAACUGGCUCACGCCCGUCAGGAAGCAUUGGCAGGAGCUAAACAAGUACACAUGUUUGACAGAACAGCUGACGAGACAAUUGCCUGGAUACAUGAGAAGGAGGCAAUUCUCAGUUCAGAUGGUUAUGGAGAUGAUUUGGAAACAAUUCAAGCAUUGGUACGAAAACAUCAGGGAUUUGAAACUGAUUUAGCGGCUGUUAAAGAACAAGUCGAAUCUGUUAUUGAAGAAGCAUCAAGACUUGCUGAACUUUUCCCCGAUGCAAGAGAACAUAUUGCAGUUAAACACGAAGAAGCCGAUGAAGCAUGGAUUGAACUCCUUAAGAAAGCAGCUCAACGUCGAAAUAAACUUUCUCAAGCUGAACAAUUACAGGCUUACUUUGACGAAUAUCGAGAUCUUAUUUCCUGGAUAAAUGAAAUGGUUGCCAAAGUAACUGCGCCUGAAUUAUCUCGCGAUGUUUCCGGAGCUGAGGCACUAAUUUCCCGUCACAAUGAAUACAAAACUGAAAUUGAUACCCGAAGUGAUGCGUUUAAAAAUUUCUUCCAAACAGGUCAAGAUCUUAUUGAUCAAGGCCAUUUUCUAGCGAAAGAAAUAACUGACAAAAUCUCAGUUCUAGAGCAAAGAAAACAAAUUCUAAAAGAUAUUUGGGAUUCAAGAAAACUUGUUUACGAGGAAAAUUUAGACACCCAAGUAUUUAAACGCGACGCAGAGAUGUUAGAAAAUUGGAUUGUCAAUAGAGAACCAAUGCUUCAUGAUGGAAUACUAGGGGAAUCAAUUUCCCAAGUUGAGGAACUCAUUCGAAAGCAUGAGGAUUUCGAAAAAACGAUACAAGCCCAAGAGGAUAAAUUCGAAGCCCUUAAACGAGUGACAAUGUUGGAGAAAGCAUUCCAAAGACAACUUGAAGCCGAAAUGGCUGCACGUCAAGCUGAGAAGGAGAGAAUCGAAAAAACAAGGCUAGAAGAAAGAAAACGAAAGGAAGUGCAAAGAAUCACCGAAGAACGAAAACGUGAAGAGGAACGAAGAAAAAUUUCCGAUCGACAUGAAGAAUUCAAUGGAAAAUCAAAUGAUUUGUCACCUAAAGGAAUUGAAAAGGAGAGUCCCGAUCAAAAAUCAUAUGGCAUUACUCACAUAUUCGGCGAAAGAUUAAAAAGAACAACAGCCGAUAUUAAACGCGCCGAGAGUAUGAAAGUAGACACAAAGAAACCAAAAAGAACUCCUAGUUUUACAACCCGAAGACGAACACAAAGUUUCCGUAAGCAUCAAAGAAUGGAAAAUAUGAACGAUCUUCCACCAGUGGAAAUUCAAGGUAUGUUGGAAAGAAAACACGAACUACAAAAUGGUGGUAAAAAAGCUGCGGUUCGUUCAUGGAAGCAGUAUUACACAGUUCUUUGUGGUCAACUAUUGUGUUUCUUUAAAGACAUUGAAGAUUUUGUCUUAAGUAAAGCGGCCACUGCUCCAAUUACAAUAUUCAAUGCAACAUGCGAAAAAGCCGAGGAUUAUACUAAACGAAAAAAUGUCUUCCGUCUAAAAUGUACCGAUAAUUCUGAAUUCUUAUUCCUUGCGCCAAGCCGUCAAGAAAUGGAAGAUUGGGUUAAUAAAAUUUCUUUUCACGCCAAACUUCCACCCUGUAUGCAACUGUUGAGUUAUGAUGAAUCACAAAAAGAAGGAUUGGAAAGAUUGAAAAAUCCCACACAUCAAGACGAUACAAUUUCAACUGGCAGUAGUCGUGCAUCAACACCUGAAAUGGAGAGAAGAAAUUCAGUAAUAAGACGUGAUGUUGGCGAUAAUUCAAUAAAUAAAGUUCAAACUGAAUUUUUGCAAAUACAUCAUCGACAAAAUCAACCACGCAAGGAAUUGAAAAAUAAUGAUUCUAUCACAUCUCAAAUUUCAUCUGAAUCACCACAACAGAUGCAUCCAGAAUAUUUACAAAUUCAUAAACAACAAUUAAUGCGACAAGAACAAAUUCCUGCAAGAGACUUUAAUAAGCAUCCAAGUGAUUUGAUUGAUAAACCACCGAUUCCACCUAGAAAUGCACCAUCAUUUAUUCCUGCUAAAUCAUCGAGCUCUGAAAAUGUUGUCCACAGAUAUAAUGAUGUAAACCAGCAUGUACAACAAGCAAGACCUCAGUCGUAUCAAUAUCAACAACGUGGUAUUAAUUACGGUCAUAAUGGGUCUGGUCAAUACCCUUCUAACGAAGAAUUUAAUCGUCAGCACAAUAUAGAUCCUAAUCUUCAACAUGCAGACUUAGUGCCACCUCUACCAUCAAGUGCUCCUCCAACAAACAGAGCAGUCCAAUGGAAUACUUCCAUUGAUCCAGUUUACGGCAAUAUGGUGCCUAGCCCUAGACAGGGUGGACCUGUAACAAUUAAUACGUUUACUGGUAGACCAGCAUCUCUACCUCCCUACAUAUCACCUCCACCUGCCAUAAGUCAAGAAGGACAAAAUAUUUCAGUGGUGGAUGGAAGAAGACCAUCUGAAAGUGGAUCGGAAAGCGAACACAAUGCAACAGGAUAUCGUAAAGAUCGAGAUUUUAAAAGAAGUUCCGUUUUAAGUAAUCUUUUCGGAAGAAGAAAAAAGCCAUCUCAGUCUUAAAUUUAUUUUUUUAAAUCGUAAUGAAAUCGUAUCGACUUAAAAAAUUUGAUCUUCAUUACAAAUGAACCAAACAGAAAUUAUUUUUUCUGAUCAAUAUAUUCAAAAUUAAGUCCAAUUUAAUAUAAAGAAAAUUAAAUAUAAUUUUUUAUAAAAAAAAAGAAAAUACGGUACAAAAUAAUAUUUUUUGAGGAUAAAAGACUUGUUAAAUAAAUUCUACUAAAUUUUAUAACAGAUGGCGGAUUUUUAUAAAUGUUUGUUUCAGAUAUUUAAUACUUUAUCAUAUCAAUUAUAAGUCAUAUAUUUUUAUAAAUACGAAAGUGGGAAGAAUAAUUUAAAAUACAAAAGAAGAGUAAUUCAUGCACGACCUAAGCAUUUAUAUUAGCAAUGAACUACAUAUAUAUAUAUAUAUAAUAUUAAACUUAUCACUUCCCAAAAAAAAAGAUUUAUCAAUAUGUCGGUUUAAUGUGUACCUGACCUUGACGGUAAAAUACUUUAUAUUACAUGGUAAUUGAAAUUAUAAUUGUUUAUAUUGUAGAUGACAUAAUACUUAUAAAUUAUAAAUAUAAUUAUAAAUAUUCUAUAUGAUAAAAGUAACAGUUGGGACCAAUGACUGUAUUCUUGAAGAUCCUAAAAUAUUUCUGUACUUUUGAAUAAAGAUAAUAUUUUUAAAUAGUAA